UAAAAUCGAGGGAUAUUCUAGAAUCUAGUAUUGAUAGUGUAAAAUGUAUUCCCUGCAAAAUUCUAAUAGCUGAACGAAAACGGAGGCAGCUUUUAUAAUUCCACAAAAAAGGACCAAAAAAGCAAAAGCCGUUUUCUCUCGUCAGCAAUGUCACAUUCCGGCGACGAUAGCUAUCCGACGCGGCGGAGGAAUGCUACAACGCGGAGUUCCGAUCGUAUCCAGAUGACGCCUGGUAUAAUGUUCGAGUAUUGUUUGCAGGCAAUUCAGGUGACAAAAUGAGAGUCAAGUACGACAACUUCUCUGAUGAUUACGACAACAUUUUCAUCGCCGAUUGUUUCAAGUCCGCUUACGAGGUUUACGAUUUCAUCGGAAGGUUCCAUAAGGCCUCCGCGCAGCUCCAGGAUCCGGACUGUUCCAUGGUCGUGAAAGGCAUGCGCGUUUGUUCUUCUGAUUCUUUUGGAAAUGACGACGUUCGCUUUUACGAUGCUAUCAUUGAUGAGAGGAAGUGUGCUCCACGAUCUUUGAGUGCGGUGGGGCCAUUAGGAGGAAUAGAAUUUGGUUGUGCAAGUAAACAAGAAGAAACUGAUCUAGGAGGGGAUAAAAACCUUCACAAAAUACUAGUUCAGAAUCUUGAAAAGGAAUUGUCCUCAUCAACAGUUUCUGAGUUCAUCCAUAAACAAACUUCCAUCACAACAGGAGUAUAUAUUUUCCCGAGUCUACCAUGGGAGCCAUACACCAAUGGUGUCAUUAUGUUGAAUUGCCAAAAAGACCUUGAACGGUUGCUUGGGUUUUUGCAGAAUCCUAAUCAUUUCAUUGUAUCCUUGAAUGGGCGACCAUUGGUGGCCACUGAAAAAUUGUUAACCAAUGAUCAUUGGACCUUAAUGCUUGGAUCUUCGAACAAAUUACUCAACAGAUAAGUUGCUGGAUUCAACAAUGAAUUGAAGGUUGUUUGUUAUGGGACAAAGGAAUACAAUAAAGCAAAGGAGUUAAGGGAUUUAUUUUUGCAGUUUAUCGAACACCAACGCGGACUUUACAAAAAACUAAGAAUGGAAGAGAGAAAUAUCUCAUAGCCUUCUCUAGCAGUCAACAGGUAGGAGAUACUGUGCACAUCGAUUGUGUCUCCGAUCUAAGGUCGUUUAACUCUGUUAUACAAUGCUAAUGUGUUGUAGAGAAAAGAAAAGAACAUGGUCAGUUACAACUAUGACAUAACCAAAAAAAAAAAAUUGUUGUAGCCAUGCUUGUGUCAUUCUAGUUGUACAUCUGACUAUGCUAUAGACGUCUCAUUGGCCAAAGUUGAAAUAUAUGAUCUUUAAUGGCAAUUGUUUUGGUCCAUAUUACUUCUAGGAAUUGAGUCAGGGGCUGUGCCAGGAGGGACAAGUAGAGAACACUGCUCUUACCCCAGUGGAAAAUUUUUUCUUUAGUCCCUUUAGAUUUUAGAAGUUAGAAAGGGUGGAAGUAUCUGAUAGGUCCUCUAUUAUAGGGAUUAGAUCACACUAGGUCUAUUAUUAAAUUGAUCAAUUUAGUUUUUUGUACUAUUAAAAAGAAUCGAAUAAGGCCAAAUUUCUAUGAAGUUAACAUUUUACUAUUUGAUAAA